UCAACGGUCGUGUGUAAUUCUUGUGAAAUUAAUUCAAAAAUAAAAACAACAAAAAAUAACAAAAAUAUCAAACAAAAUUAAAGCAUUUUAACGGUAAUAAAUCCUGUUAUAAAUGAAACGUCAAAUCAAGUGACAGCUUAAAGCAGAAAUUAAUAAAAACAGCAAAACAAAAACAAAAUAAUAAUUGUAAAUUAAUUAAGACCUAAAUUAGUGUAAUCAAAUAAAAAAACUUCUUAAACAUAAAUAAUUAAAGUGUUUUUCUCAAGUUAAAAAAAAAAAACAUACAAUUUUUUUUAAAAAUAACAAAUUUUUUUAAAAAUAUCAAAAAAAUUCAAUUCUAAACACACAAUUACUUACACCUGUUUAAUUUCCUGUACACACAUGCCGCAACAACAUUUUUAAGGAUAAUUAACUUGGGAAAUUGUGUUUAAAGUUUUGUUCAAAUCUUUGACGUUUAUUUUUAUACGGUUAUUUAAACUUUCUAAAGUUUAACUUAUUUUUUUGCAAAGUUUAAGGAGUUUUUAUCAUUACAUAUCACUCCUUUAAGCUUAUUAAGUGUGUGUGUGUGUGUUUAGUUGUAAAAUAAAAGUAAUCAAAAGUUUCUUCUAUUCUUAACGCACGUGAGGCAGAGUUUCUUUAGGAAACUCGCCCAAACAAUUGCUGCCAAAAUUUUCACAGACGGGAAUAAGUUGGGUCCUGCUGCUGCGGGAAGAGGCAUGUUUUGUUAUCAAUGUCCACCCGCUUUACAUCCCUGUGGUCCGCAUCCACCUCGUUUGCCUACGCUGGAAUAUCCUUUUGCAGCCACACAUCCUUAUACCAGUUAUUCCUACCAUCCUGCCAUACACGAUGAAACAUUUGUAAGACGUAAGCAAAGACGUAAUCGCACCACCUUUACGUUACAACAGUUGGAGGAAUUAGAGACUGCAUUUGCCCAAACUCAUUAUCCGGAUGUUUUCACACGUGAAGAUUUAGCCAUGAAAAUAAAUCUAACGGAAGCUAGAGUACAGGUUUGGUUUCAAAAUCGUCGUGCCAAAUGGCGUAAAGCAGAACGCCUUAAGGAUGAACAACGCAAGCGUGAAAAUGGCGAUUGUAGUAGUGUAUCAUUGGAUAAGCUUCAUGACAGCCGCGAAUCCUCGCCUGAUAUAACCGGUGAAAUGGAUGAUGAUGAACCACAUCAUCAACGUUCCCAUAGCCCAGGACCAGGAUCAUCACACCUAAGUCCUCACGGUGGUACGGGCAUGGAUUCAGACAACGAAAGGCCUUUGUCAUCGAAUCAAAUGAACAGUGGACAUUCAGGCUCACAAUCAGUGGGCUCUAUAAGUGCCGGUUCACCCUCACCAGGGGCUAGAACACCACGUAAUCCUACCAAUAGCCCAUCUAAUUCGCGAAACACCGAUUCACCCAUAGAAGUGGGUGGACCCAUAUCAUUGUCAACACGUUCAAGUAGCGCAUCAACGACACCCACUACCAGUUUAAAUACAGCCAAUGCUGCCCAACAGUUUGGUACUCAUAUAUUUGGAACAUUUGGCAGUUCGAACACAGCGGGCAGUAAUAAUAACGGCAAUAACAACAACAACAGUAGCAACAAUAAUAAUGAAACUAACUGUGGUUUCCGACCUGUACUCAACGAUACACCAACAUCUAUAGCUAGUGCCGCUGGUACAACAGCGCGUCCAAAUCAUGCCACAUCAUUAUUUUUACCACCACAUUUGGCUUCACUUAGCUCACAAUUUUCACAACAGCCUCUAUUUCCUGGUUUAAAAGGUGUACCCUCUUUUCCAGGACUUUGUUCUUGUUGCACCCUAAAGCCUCCUCAUUCCUCUGCCAAUUCGGUGGCAGUCUCCUGUUCUUCUGCCACCAGCUCACCAGAAUCACCACCUCAUUCCACACAUUCCAAUUGUGAUCCACGUUCUUCAUCCGUUGCCGAAUUGAGACGUAAAGCUCAAGAACAUUCUGCUGCCUUAUUACAAUCGCUACAUGCCGCCGCUGCUGCCGGUUUAGCUUUUCCCGGCCUUCAUUUGCCGCCUUUAUCAUUUCAUCACCACUCUACGCUAACUAAUGCUCAUCAUCAUGCUGCUGCCGCUGCAGCAAGUGUUCGUUUGAAAAAUGAAGCUCAGGAUAUGACCGCCAGUACUAUGAAUGGUUUAGUUGCCAAUAUGAUGCCUUCAGUAACCAGUUUAAUGGAACAAUCACAAUCACCCAAUUCAAAUCAAACACCACCCUCGUAUCAACAACAGCAGCAGCAACUUUUGCAGCAACAACAACAGCAACAUCAGGUGCAUACUGUUGGUCAACUUUCACCACCGACUACACCAACUCAAACUUCCAACUCCUCCAAAGAUACACCGCUGAAUUGUACCAAUGGGGCAAUUAUAACCAAAACUGAAUGAAUAUGAUGAGUAUUUCCGUAAUACAGCUAAAGGUUUCUUUUCAUUAUUUGUAUAUUUAAAGUAAUUAAGUUUUUUCCAAUAUUAAUUUUUUUAAAAAAUAAUAUUAACACUAUUAGUAUAUAAUUAUUUGAAAAUUAUUGUAAAAAAAUAUAUAUUUUUAAUUUUAAGUAAAAUCGACUUUGCAAUUAUGUGCCAAAUUCUAAGACUUCAUUUUAUUAUGAAAGAUGAUGAAGAUGGUGAUUGGACCUAUCACA